UUCUCGAAUGACUUGUAACGCUUGUAACACUUGCUGCAUUCCAACCUAUAUACCGAAAUAUUGAAAUUUACGGAAGCAACCUAAACAAAACUUGGAAUUUAUGGAGCAAGUAUACCACACCGUGUGUCUCGUUACACGAGUUACGAGGAAAUCAAAUCAAAUCUUUACGAAUAGUCAUGCAAUGUUGAUUUGACUGAUGUUCGAAUUUCACAAAUGUGAACAAUACGACGAAAAUUAGUAAACGGUUUCGAUAGAUAUAAACGCAAUAAAUUAUGGAAGCUUGCAAAGACCUGAAAGCAAAGUACGACCACUGCUUCAAUGUUUGGUUUUCUGAAAAGUUUUUACGUGGACAUUACGACGAUAGUGAGUGUGCACCAUUGUAUAAAGUUUAUACCGAGUGCGUUGCGCAAGCGAUGAAGGAUCAAAAAAUAAACCUAGACGAAGUUGAUGUUUCACAUUUAGGAACAGACAGAGAGAAGACAAAAGAAGGUUAACUUUAAACGUAUUGAAAUUUUCUUAUUUUUGUUUAUUAUGAUAGAAACAAAUGCUAUAAUUUAUAGUUAAAUAAAUUAUUAUAAUGGAAUUUAUGACUGUA